AUGUAUAUGGCAGCUAUUCCUCACCACCCAAGCGAUGACUCCAUCGAAGCCAUCGACUUUCAAAACAUUGCAGCUGCCCUACGCAGCGGUUUUCCAACUAGUACCCCUUGGCCAAGAAAAAAGGGACUCAGCCGUGGACACUGUAUCAACACAAAAGAGAUCGCCAUUGACACCAGCUUAUUCUCUACAAUUGACGUGGCUGGGCCAAAGCUAGCUACGCUAGUGCAGGCCGACAUGGAGCUGCAAGAGCCCCGGAUGCUGAACUAUGAGGUUAUCCUAGGGAAUGCUGCUAUCCGGAAGCUCGAGCCCCAUGUGCAUGAUAUCGGCACUCUACUUGAUGCCCAGCCUGCAUUUAGCGGUGAGAAAGUCAUUCUGUACUUUCAUGGCGGUGGUUGGAUAAGUGGAACCAUCGAUUUGUACAGGAAGCUAACUGGUGAGAUCUCUCAAGCCGCAAGCACCCGCGUUAUCUCCGUUGCCUAUCGCCUUUCACCCGAGCACGCGUUUCCAGCGCAUUUACACGAUACACUCAUUGCCUACUGUUUCUUGCUUAAGCAAGGAUUUAGACCCGCCGAUAUUAUUGUUGCAGGCGACAGUGCAGGUGGGAACUUGUCGCUAUCGCUGACACAUUUGCUUCGCUAUAUGGAUUUACCAUCACCAGCUGGCCUUGUACUUCUAUCGCCCGCUUCAAACCUCAGGUACUACCAGGGCACACACGGUUUAGACACCUACUCUGACCUUCUUGUUGUCAAUCCCCUUGAAUCACCUUUAUCUAUGAUACGCAUCAUGUACGCACCUGGACAGCCACUGAGCGAGCAGAUGAAGAAGGAACUCGAAUCGCCUUUGGUAUCACCGAUCUUUGGGUCGUUCGCCGGGUUUCCACCAACUCUGAUAGAGACAGGAGGCUGUGAAUUCUUGUACGGCGACAAUUCUGCCCUGUAUGAAAAGAUCAAGAGUCAGAAUCCCGAUAUGCCUGGAAUCGUUCAGCACGACGUAUACGACGGGAUGCCGCAUGUUUUCCAGCUGAUAUUCUCAUACCGUCCCGAGACUGCCAAGUCAUUAGAAAUGAUUAGUAGCUUUAUUCACAGACUCUAAGCUGGCACCUCAAUAUUAUAUCUGCAGUUGCAAUCGAAUUAGAUGCUCGAGCUUCAGCUAUACAUGCCAGGCUUUCGUAGACGACGACCUCGCUCUGAAAGUGCCAGCCAGCGCG